CUUCACAUGCCACUCACUCACUCACCACUCCCUUUGACCUCUGCUCCCUUCAAUUUCACAACCUGUGACUCCCUAGCUCAUACUCAUACCCAUGUCUUCUAUAUUAAUGACCUGAAUAAUCCGAAGCAUUAUAGCAUGGAAACCCUACAAGAAACCGCCCGUGUUGUCACGUCUAAACCUGUUCAGCGAGCUGUCGUUAACACCGUACUCCUCGUAUCGACAGCAGCAACCCUCUUUUGCACGGCUGCCAUUGCUUCAUUGCUCUUUUUCCAGAAUUUCCUUCCUCACGAGGUCGUAACUUUGCCAUUACAUCUCCAAUAUGGCUCUGGCAUCAACCCGUAUGGAAUCGCCUCCCUUCAAACGCCACCAAUGAAGACGCAGCAAGAGUACGAUGUGUCGUUGAUUUUAGCAAUGCCUCGCUCGAAUCCAAACGUGGAGCGCGGCAACUUCAUGAUUACCCUGCACAUGGUCGACUCGCAAGCUGACGCUGGGUUGCAUGCUGCGGCGGAACGUCACGCAUCGCUACACCAAGGAUUGGAAGGGGCCAAUGUACUAUUCACUUCACGCAGGCCUGCUUUAUUUCCUUACAUGGACCCGUUGGUAUCGGUUGCGUCUCGCGUGUUGUUUCUGCUUUACCAUUUAUUCACACCAGGUUCAAGCACGAACUCGAUGAUCAUCCCGUUGGCCGAGCGAGUCUUGUUCUCAAAAGCCUCGGAUCUCCCAAAGUCAGCGUAUGUGGAGGUAGAAGCGGGCCAGACCAUUCAAAUUUACCAUGCCUACCUUCAGCUUACAGCUCAGCUUCGUGGUCUCCGGUGGAUGAUGGUUCACUAUCGCAUCUCGACAUUCAUCGCCUUGACCCUUGUGUUUUGGGCUUUUGAAGUUAUUUUUAUGGGUGUCGCCUGGGGACUUUGGAGUGUGGCUUCAGGGUCACCGCCUGGAGAUGCCGAUGACAAGACCAGGAGGCUUGAGGCAGAACGAUAUGAGUAUGAAGAUGAGGACACAGAUCGCGUAGAGACCUUUCCAACAUAUAGAAGACAGCAACCCCUCAAGUACGAGCCCGAAAUCAAACCAGAGGCGGACCCUGAACAGCCUUUAUCGGAAAUUCCUCGAGCAGGAGCCGACGCUGAUGACGAAGAUGAGGGAAGUUUUGACGAUGACGACGACGAUGUGCAACACAAGGAUUCGGGUAUCGGAACGAGUUAUAGUGAGGAGGGAAUUUCAAGCAUUCGAAGGCGAACGUCACGUAAUAAAUUGUAGAGGAGGGAAGUUUUGCGAGGCCUUAAUAUAGAGACUGAGUGUAAUGAGUGGAAGCAGAUGCCCGUGGCUUAUGAUAUGCGGUACUAGAAUAAGAAUGUGUUGUCAGCUGAGGAUUUGGUGUUUAUUAUGCAGGGGAAACUGCCUUGUAAGUUAGACUAUGCUGAUCCGAUAUGCAUGCCAAGUUGACUGUAAUUCGAUGACGAGCUCAUAACAGGCAGAGUUUGGCGUUUGGCUACCUUAAUCAAAGAACGCUUUAAGAAUAGCAACGUGCGUAUCCUUCCGCUUCACAACGAGAGAUCCAUUGUAGUUUACAAGUCGUUUGCCUGGCUACCGACGG